AAUACAUCUCCUUUCCCUUCUCGCCAUGCGGGAGGAGCGACGAUCGUGCUUCAGCAAAUCUUCCUGAAUUUGGACCGAAUGUUGCGAAUCGUCGACGCUUGACGCCCCUGAUCGCGACUUUAGUGGACUAAAACAUCAUUCGUGCCAUCUUCGUGUCCGGUUGGAGUCGCCUCGUGCACGUCGAAGCUUCUCGGCCUACCUUAUCUUUGCGUCGCUUGCUAACAAAGAGACGUUUGUGAGCAACACUUCGCUAAGCAGAGAUCAGGCGGGAGUGUUGCGAUCGUCGUGUGAAAAUGUGUGCAAGGACAGCAGAGUACGAGGAGGAACUUUGGGGCCCAAAAGAGGAGAAGGAGCCACAACGUCAACUGCUGGACGCUGCGUUCAAUCUGCAGCCUCGAAUUGUGCUCCGCAGAGCAGACAUCACUAAAGAUCUUCGUCCUGACCAGCAGGAGCCAGAGCCCCUUCACAUUAAAGAGGAAGUGGAGGACGAAGAACGCACACUGUGUUGCGAUCGUCGUGUGAAAAUGUGUGCAAGGACAGCAGAGUACGAGGAGGAACUUUGGGGCCCAAAAGAGGAGAAGGAGCCACAACGUCAACUGCUGGACGCUGCGUUCAAUCUGCAGCCUCGAAUUGUGCUACGCAGAGCAGGCGUCAGUGAAAAUCUUCAUCCUGAGCGGCAGCAGUCAGUAUCCCCUCACAUCAAAGAGAAUGAAGAGGUUCAACACAUCAAAGAGGAGGAGGAAGAGUUCCUUCACAUGAAAGAGGAAGAGCAGGAGAAAAUCAUCAAGGUUCCAUCGACUGGUGUCCCCUUGAAGAGUGAAGAUGAAGGUCAAAGUGUGGAGAGACGAGGGGCGGAGCCACCAAACAGCAACAGCUCAAGAGAUGGAGACCACUGUGGAGGAUCACAAACAGACGGUGAUGAUGAUGUUGUUGAUGAACAGUUGGAAGGUGAUAUGACAUGUCACACUGUCAGUAAAUGCUGGAAAUGUUCUAAAUGUAGGAAAACCUUUGCUUCUAAGAAGAAUUUCAAACGACACAUGAAAAUACACACUGGAGAGAAGCCUUUUGCCUGCUCAGUUUGUGGUCAAAGGUUCUCUCGGAAGGGAACCUUAAAAAGUCACACAAGAACGCACACUGGAGAAAAACCUUUUGCCUGCUCAGUUUGUGGUCAAAGAUUCUCUCACAAAGGACAUUUGACACGGCACACAAGAACACACACUGGUGAGAAACCUUUUUCCUGUUCAGUUUGUGGUCAAAGGUUCUAUGUGAAGAGUGACUUAAAAAUACACACAAGAACCCACACUGGUGAGAAACCUUUUGGAUGCUCAGUUUGUGGUCAAAGGUUCUCUGCGAAGAGUUACAUAAAAAUACACACACGAACCCACACUGGUGAGAAACCUUUUGUAUGCUCGGUUUGUGGUCAAAGAUUCUCUCGUAAGGGACAUUUGACACGUCACACAAGAACACACACUGGUGAGAAACCUUUUUCCUGCUCAGGUUGUGGUCAAAGAUUCUCUCGUAAGGAUCGGGUUAAGACACACAAUUGUUCUGGUGAGACAAGCAGUGAUCAAGAAGCUUUUAAUGCAAAUGUAAAUGUUUAAUUUAAAAGUAAUUACGAUGUUAUUGACAUAAAUCUACAUGCUUGUAUUCUGUGUACCAGUUUUUAUUGCAUGUAUCUUCUUCCUGUCCAUAUAGUUUCUAAAAGCCCCGUGAGUGUUGAGAAUGAACACUGUUGCCAAAAUACUUAAAAGGGACUAGUUAAAGGUGGUGGGAAAGAGGGCGGCUGUAGAGCGGGUCGUCCAGUGACCGAAAGGUCGCCGGUUCGAACCCCGGCUCCGACUGUCCGUAUGUGGAAGUGUCCUUGGGCAAGACACCGAACCCUAAUUUGCUCCCAGUGAGCCUGGCAGCGCCUUGCACGGCAGCACCCGUCCCAGUGGUCAUCGGUGGAAUCAUUUACUGAUAAAAUAUUUGAUUUUCAGUCGCGUUGGAAAUCUCUGGCACGAGGCCGAUUCAAUACAUACAGUGGGUACUGAAAGUGUUGAGACCCUUUGCUCAGUAUUUAGUCGAAGCGCCCUUUUGAGCUAAUACAGCCAUGAGUCUUUUUGGGAAGGAUGCAACAAGUUUUUCACACCCGGAUUUCGUAAUCAAGUCCGAUCAGCAUAAUCAAACACAGCUGGACUCCGAUGAAGGUGUAGAACCAUUUGAAGGAUGAUCAGAAGAAAUGGACAGCACCCGAGUUAAAUAUAGGAGUGUCACAGCAAAGGGUCGGAAUACUUAUGGCUGUGUGAUAUUUCAGUUCUUCUUUUUUAAUAAAUCUGCAAAAAUGUCAAUAUUUUUUUUUUCUGUCAAUAUGGGGUGCUGUGUGUCCAUUAAUGAGGAGAAAAAUUAAGUGAUUUGAGCAAAUGGCUGCAAUAUAACACAGAGUGAAAAAUUUAAGGGGGUCCGAAUACUUUCCGUACCCACUGUAUGUAUGUAUGUAUCGAUCAAAUAUAUGUAUAGAUCACAAAUGAGUUUCUGCAGAUGGCAUUGUGUGACAGAUGUGGACUGUCAUGAUGUCCGACGACCCGUAACGAAGGUCUCCUGUCCCGAAACUGCGGCUGAUCUCAUUUGAUAUUAUCUGAUCCAUAAAAGCUCAAAUAUUGGGCUGAUCAUUAUAAUAUUAUUAUUUAUGAUAGUUUGAAGCUGUCAUGAGUAGAAAUGUCUGCAUAUAUUUUGGUGAUGAUUGUUGACAGUUGUGGGACAUGAAGCCACGUUUCUUGGGUUCAUGCAUGAGGCUUGCAAGGUUGUGGUGCUCGCCCGGCGUGUUUGCGUCAUUUUAAUGAUGUCGUUCUCAUCCAUCCCAAUCCAUGUUUGCGUUUUUUAUUUUUUUUAUUUUUGAAGCAUUCCACCUGACAGCUGCGAUAUACAAAUAUGACCAAUGACUGCCACUUCAUAGUAUGGUACAUUCUUUUUCCCACACCAGCAAUGCCAGUGCUUUUCAAUUUUCAAUUUUGUUGAUGAAAAAGGGGUGUUCGAAAGGGAAUUAGUUAUUUACCAAUUGCUCCAAAAUGUAUUGAUAUUCUUGGAAAUGAGUGCCAGUUUCAUUUUCUUGAGCAUGCAUGCAUUUUGUCCAAUGUUUUAGUGAUGUCAAUCUCAAAUAAGUGAAUGAUUGAUUGAAAUAGACUGGAAAGAAACUUUGACUUGGUGCUAAACUGUAACGUGUA